AUGGAGUUUCAUGGCUUGGUUUUGCUAUUAUGCUAUGUUUGGUAUGUUGUUUAUUUUGGAAGUUGCAGUGGUCAGUUACAAUCCUCUCAGACUCAAGUUCUUCUGCAGUUACAAAAGCACUUAGAAUUUCCAACACAGUUAGAAAUAUGGAAAGAUCAUAGGGAUGAAAUUUGCUUUAUUUCUUCUAAACAAGUUAAAGUCACAUGCAAGGACAAUUUUGUCACAGAGUUAAGUGUCUUUGGCGAUAAGCCGAAUAAUGGUAGAGAUUUUGAUGGAUUUGCUAUUCCAAAUCAAACACUGACACAAACCUUCUCAGUGGACUCAUUUGUAGCCACUCUUGCAAGGUUAACUGGGUUGAAAGUUCUUCAUCUUGUUUCUUUAGGAAUUUGGGGUCCACUUCCUGAUAGAAUCCAUAGACUAUUUUCACUUGAGUAUUUGGAUUUGAGUUGGAAUUUUCUUUACGGGUCUAUUCCUCCGAAAAUCUCUACUAUGUUCAACCUUCAAACUCUUAUUUUGAGUGAUAACUUCUUCAAUGGCACUGUCCCUAACUCGUUCAAUUCAUCGAAUAUUCUCGAAGUUCUUAGUUUGAAGCAUAAUAAGUUGAAGGGUCCAUUUCCAUUUUCGAUACUUAGUAUCAAAACUUUGACUAACAUUGAUAUGUCGAGAAAUCGGUUAUCAGGAAGCUUGCGAGAUUUUACUGAUUUGAGUAGCUUGGAAGAACUAGAUUUAAGAGAAAAUGAACUAGAUUCUUUGCUACCUGAAAUGCCGAAAGGGUUGAUAACGCUUUUCCUCAACCGGAACUCGUUUUCAGGGCCGAUUCCGAAACACUAUGGCCAACUAAAUAGUCUUGAGCAGCUUGAUGUUUCCUUCAAUACACUAACAGGAACUACUCCUUCUGAACUUUUUUCUUUGCCGAAAAUUCGUUACUUGAAUUUGGGGUCCAACAUAUUGAGUGGAACACUUCAAAAUCAGAUGAAAUGUGGCCAAAAUCUUAGUUUUGUUGAUAUAUCAAACAAUAGGUUAGUUGGAGCUUUGCCUUCUUCUCUAAGAAAUGAGUCGGAAAACCGAGUCGUUAAGAGUGAUGGAAACUGUUUAUCUGGAAGUUUGCAGCAUCAGCAUGAAGUACCUUAUUGCAAUGAAGCUCAUGGAAAGAUGAAGUCGUACCGAUUGGGAGUUUUCGUUGGUGUCAUUGUUGGAAUUCUUGUUAUCAUUGUGGUUUUGGGUUUAUGCAUUGUUGUUACUUGUAAAUGGUUGUACUCUAAGGGGAUUUCAGAACAACACCUAUUGAAUAAAUCGGUUCAAGAUAGCUAUUCAGCCGGGUUCUCGUCCGAGCUUAUUGCAAAUGCAAGGUAUGUUUCUGAAGCUGCAAAGUUAGGAAGAGAAGAUCUUCCUCCGUGUCGAUCGUAUUCGUUGGAAGAGCUUAUGAAUGCGACGAAUAACUUUGAUAAUUCUACGUUUCUUGGCGAAAAUAUAUACGGGAAGCUGUACAAAGGAAAACUGGAGAGUGGGAUACCUGUCGUAAUAAGGUGUAUACCUUUGUCGAAAAAGUACUCGAUUCGGAAUUUCAAACUGAGGCUGGAUUUGCUUGCAAAGCUCCGUCACGCGCAUUUGGUAUCUCUUUUGGGACACUGCACUGAUGGUAUUUUAGGCGAGCGUAACGAUUCAAAGGUCUUUCUUGUUUAUGAAUGCGUGUCAAAUGGGAAUUUUCAAACUUAUCUCUCAGGUGAUAGUUCUGGGAAGAUUUUGAAUUGGUCAGAGAGAUUAUCAGUUCUUAUCAGUGUUGCUAAGGCUGUUCACUUCUUACACACUGGAAUGAUACCUGGUUUCUUCAAAAAUAGACUUAAAAUCAACAAUAUUUUGCUUAAUGAAAAUUGUAUGGCAAAGUUGAGUGACUAUGGUUUGUCCAUUAUCUCAGAAGAAACUGAUGAAAGUGGGGUAAAAGGAGAAAGCCCAAAUUCAUGGCAAAUGAAAAAGUUAGAGGAUGACAUUUAUAGCUUUGGAUUCAUAUUACUUGAAGCACUUGUUGGAUCUUCAAUUUCAGCUAAAAGAGAAGCAUCUCUUCUAAGUGCAAUGGCUUCCUUCAAUAAUCAAGAUGACUGGAAACAAAUAGUGGAUCCAGUUGUGCAAGCUACUUGCUGCAAAGAAUCUCUAUCUACUGUGAUUUCUAUAACUAACAAAUGUACUUCUACCGAGCCGUGGAGUCGGCCGUCCAUCGAGGACGUUCUUUGGAACUUGCAGUAUGCUACUCAAGUCCAAACAACAGCUGAUGGUGAUCACAGAAUUUGA